AUGCCCACCCACCCCCAAAAACUAACCGCCUUCAUCCGCGCCCAAGAAUCCCUGUACGGACCAAUAACCACCAUCUCAGACCCCGCGCAAUGGACCCCCCCGGCCCAGUCCGGCGGCCACCGAGGCCGCUACCUCUGGACCGACGCCUUCGGCGUCCUCAACUUCCUGACCCUACACCGAGAAACCACCAACCCCCAAAACAACCCCCCAAACCAGCCACAGCAAAAAGACCACUACCUCACUCUGGCAACAAACCUAAUCACCACCGUCCACCGCACCCUCGGCACCACCCGGUCCUCACCUCCGAAACCCCUCCCGCACGCCACGCCCUCCAACCCCCUCGCCGGCGGCCUCCGCAUCGGCAAACCCCACGCCCACGGCCCCGACAGCGACGGCCAAUACCACCAUUACCUGACACUGUGGAUGUUCGCGCUGAACCGGACGGCGGUGGCCACACGCGACAGAACCUGGAACGAUCAGGCGCUGGCGCUGGCGCAGGCGAUCCAUCCACACUUCGUGCGUGGCGGGAGCAGCAGCGGUAGCAGCAGCGGACGUGACCCGCACCACCACCAGCGAUCCCCCAAAAUGGUGUGGAAGAUGGACGUCAACCUGGAGGAGGUGUUAGUCGCGUCGGAGGGGAAUCUCGAUCCCGUGGAUGGGUUGGUGGUGUUUCGGUUGCUGCGGGAGACGGAUCGGUGGUUUCGGGGGGAGGCCCCCCAGCCCGGAAAUGAAGGGGUGCUGGGGGAUGAGAUUGAGGAUUAUCGGAGGAUCGUUAAGCGGAAGGGGGAGGCGUUCGUCUCGCUGGAUCCCUUGGAUUUGGGGAUGGCGAUGUGGACGGCGCAUUGGGUGGCAGACGUAAAAGGGGAGGAGUGGGCGGGGCGGAUGGCGGAGGAUUGUUGGGGGCGGGUUUUUGACUUGUUCGAGAGACGACACUACCUUGACCGGGACCUCCGCGCGCGGUUGGCCUUUCGCGAGUUCGGGACGUGCUUGGGCCUCCGAUGCAUGGCGGAGCAGGCGUCGGACAAAGACCGCGCGGUCGAGCUGAAGGCCUACGCGGAUCGCAUUGUGGAGUGCUGGGAUCCGUACAUCUGGAUGGAGACGGGGCGCAAUGCGACGCCGGAAGAGUUGCGGCCCAUCACGCGAGUCAUGUAUGCCGCGGCUUUGAUCCCCGGAGGUGAGUGA